GUGUGGCACACUCUCCAAAUUCCAUUCAUAAAAGGGUAUAAUAAUAACGAAACUGAAGUUCAAAGGACCCGUAAACGUCAAAUUGAAAUAGAGGGACUUAUUGAAAAAAAAAGUGAAGAGUAGAGGGACCUGAGGAUGAGUUUGGCCUAUUAUAAAGGCUUAUUUUCAUUCGUCGUCUUAGAUUUUUGGACUUUUUAUCACCGACGUCCCUAAACUUCAUUUUCGGCCUGUAAACCCCCUGAUCUUUAAUUUGACGAUCACAAAAGUCCGUUUGUCCAAAAAUGACUAAAAUACCCCUAAAACAAAUAAUUCAAAAAAAAAAAAACAAAUCCAAUUCUAUCCAACCCAACAUAAUCAAACCUAAAACCAUAACCAAACCUAAAGUUAACCCAUCCACCCGCCGCUCCACCUACCACCGUUACCUCUCCCAACCAUCACUGUUAUCUCACCCACUGCCGCACCACCCAUCUGUUGAAACCCACCCUCCGGAAGCCACCCAUCUGCUGAAACCACCUUCUGGCAGCCAUCCAUCUGCUGAAACCCACCCUCUGGCAGCCAUCCAUCUGCUGAAACCCACCCUCCGGCAGCCACACACCUCCACUCCACCCACCGCUGGGACCCACCCAAUUCUCUUUGGUCUGAGAAGAUGAACCCAUGUUGAACACGGAUUGUGGUGGAUAUUGGAAUACCGGAGGUGGUUUUUGGGGGUGCGUGGCAGCAAACGGGUGGGUGUCGAUUAUAGGUUUGGUUAGGUAAUUUUAAAUUUGGUUAGUUGGUUUUAAAGUUGGUUAGGUAGUUUAUAGGUUUUAUUAGGUGGUUUUAGGUUUGAUUAUGUUGGGUUUGAUUAGAUUGUAAUUUUUUUUGAAUUAUUUAUUUUAGGGGUAUUUUAGUCAUUUUUUGAACAAAAGAACUUUUGUGAUCGUCAAAUCAAAGAUUAGGGGUUUAUAGGCCGAGGCUAAUAAUCAUGGACGGUCCUCGACCUUUGCACUAAGCUUCCCUAAACCCCCUCACCUUUCAAAAGCUUCACUAAACCCCCUGACCUUUAUGGCGGCGCCAUUCAUGGCCCUUCUGAAAAAAAAAAACACAAAAUCGCGGCGCCGCCAACGAUUUAAUCGUUUGCAUGCGUUUUCCUCGCCACCUGUCGACCCACGCGACCUGUCCUCUGUCAGUGGCAACGGUUCCUCCCUCUGACAUGCCGGUUGACUUUUCAAAUUUUAAAAUCAAAAAAAAAAAUUAACCGCCUGAGUUAAUUUUCUCUCUCUUUUUUCACCUUCUGACAUACUCUUUCUUCUUCAUUAUAUUUGUUUUUGAAAUCAGUCUUUUUCUAUUUCCCAUCUCCUCUGACCUAGACGUUUGUCAUCGUCGUUUGGUCUCUCUUCAUUUUGUCUCGUUCUGUAGUUCGCCUGCGUUGCAUUUCGAGGAAGAACAAAUCCGGGCUAAGAAGAUAAUGGGAAAAGAAAAGAUCUUCUUCGGCAGUGAUGAGACGAAAGGGAAGAAACGGCCAGCCCGUACUGUGGAAGUGGAUUCUGAGAUCCUGGAAAUUGUUCUGCACUAUGAUGGAGAAUUUGGAGAAGGUGGUUAUUUGUGGGGCGAGGUGUGUGCAAGAUGUUUUGACAUUUCCCAACUGUCACUGAAUAGACUUGAUUUGUGGGCCAAAAAAUUUGGAGUGAAGGGGCUGGUUAUGUAUUAUUGGAGGCAGCCAGAGUUGGACUAUCAUCGAGGGAUAAAACCUCUUGAACAUGAUAGAGAUGUUGAGGAGAUGGCAAGGGCUGGACUAAAAGAAGGUGUGGUUGAUGUCUACGUUAGGUACUUAACCUCUGAUGAUGUGCAUAAUUUGGUGCCUGAGAGUGGACCCAAGUUAGAAUUGAAAGAAAUUGAAGAAGAUGGUCCAUUUGAGCCAGUUGAAGAUGGUCUAGUGGAGGCAGUUGAAGAUGCUGCAGGAGUUGAAGAAGAUCCAGGUGAUGAAAUAUUGUUGCUAGAGUGGUACGGCACUGAAGAUGAGGGCCAAGUAGAAGCCUUGGAAGUGGAGAUUGCUGCUGCUGAAGGCCCAUCUGAUGUGGCUGAAGGUCCAGAAGAAGGGUGCAACAAAAAACAGAAGAACAAAUAAAAACGGAAGAACAAAUAAAUGUAGCGUUGUUUUGUAUUUCCGGAUAUGUUGUUAUUUUAUUUUAAAACACUUAUAUGUUUUUUAUA